AUGACACCCAUUGCGCCUCAAUUUCACACUGUAGUUGUCGGGUCUGGGCUUGCUGGACUAACUGCAACAUUGAAACUUCUGGAAAAAGGGUUUUCAGUUGCCCUUGUGGAGAAAACCGCAUCUCUAGGUGGGAAUUCCAUCAAGGCCUCCUCUGGUAUUAACGGCGUGCCUACCAAAUAUCAAGAUGCCUCCGAAGGGGACUCAGUGGCUAACUUUGUUACCGAUACUACUGUAUCUGGCAAAGGCUUGUGUGACAAGAAAUUGGUGGACAUUUUGGCGGGCGACAGUGCCUCUGCUAUCGAAUGGCUCACGCAAGAAAUGAAUGUGAACCUUUCUGUAGUCAAUAGGUUGGGCGGCCAUUCAUUUGCACGCACACACAGAGGCAGCGGCAAGCUCCCUCCUGGAUUUGCUAUCAUUUCAGCGCUAGCAAAAAAAGUCAAGGACGCGCCCAAUGUGGAAAUCAUGACCCUGGCCCGACUCCAGGGCUUCUUGAAAAAUGACCGGCACGUGACAGGCGUGGUAGUCGAAAAAACAGACGAAAACGGAGAGGCGUUCCAAGAAAAAAUCUCUGCUGAAAAUGUUGUUUUGGCCACGGGUGGCUUUCUGGCAGACACGGCCAGCCAAGAUUCGCUUGUUCGCCAGUACAGGCCGGAUUUGGUCGACUUUCCUCUGACAAAUGGCCAGCAAACGACCGGAGACGGACAUAGAGUUGCAAUCUCUGAUUUAGAUGCAAAACUAGUGCAGAUGGACCAGAUCCAGGUGCAUCCCACGGGGUUCAUUCAGUUGAAAGAUGAGUCCACACGUGCUAGUAAGUGGAAGUUCUUGUGUGGCGAACUUGUUCGUGGGAUUGGAGGGAUUCUUCUCUCACCCACAAACGGGGAAAGGUUUGUGAACGAAUUAAGCACACGAGACCAUGUCACAGCCGCUAUCAUGGAACAUGGUGGCGACUCGAAAGUGGCGAUCAUCAUUGUUGGUUCCGAGGAUUAUAAAAAGGCUGCCUCGCACAUUGGCUUCUAUGUUUCACAACUGCUUAUGUUCGAGGGCAAUGCGAAGAAUGUCUGCGAAAAAUUAAGAGAUGUUGAUCCAGGCAGUUCGUGCUCUGAGUUAGAGAUCCAAUCCGCUCUCACAAACUAUAACCGCAACGUUGAGUCUCAGACUGACCUCUAUGGACGCUCACAUUUUGGGAACCCUAUAAAGGACGAGUUCUAUUUUGGCUUCGUCACGCCGGUGUUGCACUUCACAAUGGGAGGGGUUGAGACAAACGAAUACCGGCAGGUUAUUCAGCAAAGCGGAGACAUCGUCCCCAACGUCUAUGCUAUUGGCGAGUUGAGCGCAGGCGUUCAUGGGGCUAACCGUUUGGCAGGCAGCUCGUUGCUAGAAUGCGUCGUGUUUGGAACCCGUGUGGCUGACUACAUUUCGGGUAAAUAA